AUGGAGGGUUUCGUUAUCCAAAUCGAUUCAACUCAGCAAUACACACACUACAACACUAUCAAAUCUAUGUUGAAGGCACCUCUCACAGAACUUCUACUUCAAAUUGCACCUCAUCAAGUCAAAAUAGGGUUUACUACAGGGUUUCUUUUUUCCAAAGACACUUUAGGAACACUCAACACGGUUUUUGAGUUUUCAGAGAUUAAAGAGGUUGACGCGAAGGAGAGGGAGUAUUUACAAGUCACUGUUGGGGACUCAAUCAAGUUUGCGACUGACAGAUUUGGAUCGAAUUCGUUACUUUAUGAAACGAAUGAGAAUGGCGUCUGCAUCUCGACGUUCAUGUGCAAGGAGUCAUCUGCCCCAAAUGAAUGGUACGAAUACUUUUACACGGACAAAACUGUUUUGAAGCACAAGAAGGCCGGUAAUACUAUUGAGGAAUACUAUUCCUCAAUAUUUGGUGAACGACUUGAUUUGCCGACGGAGGAGGUCAGCGAGUGUGUGAAGCUUCUUGACGAGUCGCUUUCAAAAGCAGUUGAGAUGAUGUUGAGGACAUCCGGAGAGACUAUUCCCGUGUUAUUUAGUGGAGGUAUUGAUAGUUCAAUGAUAGCUUAUUACGUCUUACUGCAUUGUGGAGAGAAGAAAGUGGAGUUAUACAACAUGGCGUGCCUCUAUGAAGGAACGUUUGAAAGUCCGGACCGAUUGUGUGCGCGUGCUGUAUUGUCGGAUCUCAAAAAGAUUUUUCCAACGAAGAAUUUUGAGUUUAUCGAGAUCAAUGCGAGCGAAGACGUCAUUCUCCAGACAAGCGAAAACAUCAAAAAUGUUAUAUACCCCAACGACACAGUAAUGGAUUUAUCAAUAACUACUGCGACGACACUGGCGUUGAUAUCUGAAGGUCUUUGUGGGACUCAUACCGUUCGACGGACAUCUCCAUAUGUCUUUUGUGGUCAAGGAGCUGACGAGCAACUUGGAGGAUAUGGUCGUCAUCGGAAUGCUUUAAAGUACAAUCGGUUGAGUCAAGAACUUGAGUUGGACUUCUGUAGGUUGUGGAGUAGAAACACUGAAAGAGAUGAUCGAGUGUCAAAGUACUGUAAAGUGAAAUGUUUGUACCCAUUUCUUGAAAACCAAGUGGUUCGUGUCAUCAGAAACAUCCCAGAGAAAUUACUUGUCAAACUCGAGUUGCCCGAAAACGAAGGCAAUAAGUGGAUCUUAAGAGAGGUCGCAAGGAAAAACGGAAUGGUGCAGUGCGCUAACUUCAAGAAGACGGCCAUCCAGUUCGGAACAAGAAUCGCUAAGGUUUUGAAUAAAGGUAAGAAAGUCAGUGGGGCGGAUAAACUUGAGUAA